ACGUCGUACGAACUGUAUCAGUUGCUCUUGAAUUGUUUAGUUCGUCGGUAGCAAGUUUAAAUUAAACAUGAAGGUUGUUUGUGGACUCGUCGUCCUGAGUGCUUUGGUGGCACUUGGCAGUGCGUUGCCCGCCGUAGAAAACCAACCACAAGAGAUUGAAGCGGUUCAACUGGAAGACAUUGCCGGAACUCCGCUACAACAGGAAUCGGCUGACCGAGCCAAACGGCAGUUCGGUGGUGGUUUUGGAGGUGGUGGCCACAUCGGUCAGGGACAUGGUGGACACGGAGGAUUCGGUCAUGGCGGUUAUAACCAAGGCCACGGUGGAUAUGGACAUGGCCAAGGACAUGGGUUCGGACACGGUCACGGUCAUAAUCAGGGUCAUGGCCACGGUCAUGGUCAUGGUCAUGGGCGUUUUUAGUUCUAAGUAUUCCUACAAAUAAAAAAAAAUAUUUAAAAAUCUAA